UUUAUCUUGUGAGAUUAUGUGGCCGGGCCAGAUUUUUGUUAAUUAUUCAUUUUUAACGACACAAAAGUAUAAUUUUCGGUGCAGUUGUAGUGGGUUAAAAUAUGUAAACUACGAGGAAGACUCCACUAUGGGAAACGCCCCACUGUUGCUAAGCGACAGCAAAACAUCUCCUGCACCUCCGGGCCUGGAGACUAGUAUGUAGUACGCAUUUAUAGCACAAUAUUUUCAGCCUUAUAGGAGCGAUAAUCCAAACAUAACCUGAACAGUUUAGGGAAUUGAGGUCACGUUGAAUGAAGGCACUGUCAGGAUGAACUAUGAGGAGCUGGUCAGAGAGGCCAUAAAGCUGCUGGACGUGUAUAAACCAGACAAACAGUGUGUGGAUACGUUCAUCGAGGAAUCUAACAAGACCCUAGAGAAUCGGCCUACUGCUGAGCGGAUAUUUAUCAAUGACACAGUUUAUGGGUGUUUAGUGCAUCAGAAACUUUUGGAUAUUGUGAUUGAUGGAUUUUAUGAUCGAGAGGGAAAAUAUUUUCUCAAAGCCAAUCGAAACCAGUUUGUUGUGGUCUCUUAUCUUGCCAUGUUCCAUCUGGAGGACCUGGGCUUGGAGCAGUUCAAUACAAUUAUAAAGUCACUAGACUGCUCAAAAAUGUUCAAACUCUUGAGUUUCCUCUUUAAUGUCACUAACCUGACCACAUGGAUCCGUGCGGAGUGGAGUCAGAUCUAUGAGGCCACCUAUGUAGACAGCAAGUGGAUAGUUCCACUUCUGAGAUGGCAGACUGAGGUUGAAGGCCUGUUACGAUACCUUGAGCAGAAAACAACCAAGGGCAGCCAGCCAAAGAAAUUCACUAAGAAGUCAACAGAACCUCAGGAGUUUAAUCUGACGAAGCCCAAACCUCGUCCGCAUCCUGCUCCUGAACUGAUUCCACAACAGGCGAAAGUAAAGCCGGUGCCUACAAGUACCCACAGAGCUCCAAAAGAUCAACAGGUUUUGGAGGACAUCAAACAGAAGAACCACCUGAAAGCACAGAGGGUACUGUAUGAGGCGAACACUCAGCGGUUCCGAUGUGCAAAUCCAGAGAAGUCAGAGAAAACCAAAAGCAUAAUGUCCCAGAUUCAGCAAAACCGGGAAUAUGAACUCAAAUUUGACUCAGUGUACUGCUCUGGAACUCCAGCUACACAUAAGACAAACACCUUGCCCAUCAGACUGAACACAACAGCGAUCCUUCGGGAGGGAGCUUUAUAUAAUCGACUGAUGGAAGAGGAGUUGAACAGGCUUGAGAAUUUGGUGCAGGGAGCCAAGGAGCCCUCAGCAUUCCUGAAGUGGCAGAAGGAGAUGAAGGAGAAGGACCUACAGGAGAAGCUGGUUCAUCUGGAGCUCAGGAGGCUGGAGGGAAAGAUUAGCCAUGAAGAUGCUCUGCUGGCACGUCAAAGAGUCCAUGAACUUAAUCUGCACAAAGCAUUGCUCAAGAAAGAGGAGACUGCACAGCUGAUGCGCAGAUAUGCAGAGAAGCGUAUGCGAGAGGAGGAAGAGAUGAAGGAGCUCGUGCAGAUGGUGGCUGAUGGCCACAAAAACUCUAAAGCUGCCAAAGCAAAACUGCUAGAGAUCAAAAAACGCAUUGUUAAAGAGGUCUCUGAGCAAAGCCAGGAACUACUUCGGCAAGCACUGGAAGAAGCUCAGGCUGAACUGACCCGGAAAUUUGAGCUCAUUCGUCAGAUUCGAGCCAUUGAGUCAGUACCUCAUCUCAAUCACAAGUUUGUGGAAGACACAGAGACAGGAAGUCAUGAGCUGCUUUGUGAGAUGUCUUUGGCGGAGCUGCGGGAACGCUUAGCCAGGCUGAAGGUUGACGAGCAGCGAGAGCAAGAAAAAAGGAGGCAAAGGAUACUGGAGGAGAAACAGAGCAAAGAACAGCUACUGCUCGAGCAGCUGGACACCAUUACUGCAUGCAGGACUGCGGCAGGACAGGCCGCAUUUCAAAAACAGGAGACGAAACCGAGAUUGAAGUUGCCAGAGGUGGUCAGCAUGGAUGAGAGAGUGGUGGCCCUGCAGACAGCCCUGGGGAUGAAACAGCAGGAGAGACAGAAGAGAAAGGAAACUGAAAAUGCCAAAUCAAAGUUAAACAAACAGACAGCUGCUCAAAAUGUUAUGAGUUACAGUCAUGAAAAGCAGGUACUGGAAAAGCAGCACUGGCUGCAGCUGGAGCAGGCUUUAGAGAAACAGGUCCAGAAAGAGGCAUCUAAACAAAAACACUUCACGUCUGAACCAAGGAAUAGCUAACUAAUAAAUAAAAUAGUAUAAUUACAA